AUGGCCUUGUUCCUGGUCGCCUUGCUGGCAUUCUUGGGCUCGGGAUCUGGGUGUCAUCACUGGCUGUGUCAUUGCUCUAACAGGGUCUUGCUCUGCCAAGACAGCAAGGUGACCGAGAUUCCGUCUGACCUCCCCCGGAACGCCGUUGACCUGAGGUUUGUGCUCACCAAGCUUCGAGUCAUCCCGAAAGGAUCCUUUUCUGGAUUUGGAGACCUGGAGAAAAUAGAGAUCUCUCACAAUGAUGUCUUGGAGGUAAUAGAGGCAGAUGUGUUCUCCAACCUACCCAAGUUGCAUGAAAUUAGGAUUGAAAAGGCCAACAAUCUGCUGCACAUCAACCCUGAGGCCUUCCAGAAUCUUCCCAAUCUGCGAUAUCUGUUAAUAUCCAACACAGGCAUUAAGCACCUGCCAGCCGUUCACAAGAUUCAGUCUCUUCAAAAGGUUCUGUUAGACAUUCAAGAUAACACAAACAUCCACAUCAUCGCCAGGAAUUCCUUCAUGGGACUGAGUUUUGAAAGCGUGAUUCUAUGGCUGAAUAAGAAUGGGAUUCAAGAAAUACACAACUGUGCAUUCAACGGAACCCAGCUAGAUGAACUGAAUCUAAGCGAUAACAAUAAUUUGGAAGAACUGCCUAAUGAUGUUUUCCAGGGAGCCUCUGGGCCAGUCAUUUUAGACAUCUCAAGGACAAAGGUCCAUUCCUUGCCGAGCCGUGGCUUAGGACAUCUGAAGAAGUUGAGGGCCAGGGCAACUUACAGCUUGAAAAAGCUUCCGAAUCUGGAAAAGUUUGUUGCCCUCGUGGAAGCCAGCCUCACCUACCCCAGCCACUGUUGUGCCUUUGCAAACUGGAGGCGGCAAAUCUCUGACCUUCAUCCACUUUGCAACAAAUCUAUUUUAAGACAAGACAUUGACGGCAUGACUCAGGCUAAGGAUCAGAGAGUCUCUCUGAUAUAUGAUGAGCCCAGUUAUGAAAAAGGAUAUGACAUGAUGUAUAACGAAUUUGACUAUGACUUGUGUAAUGAAGUUGUUGAUGUGACCUGCUCCCCAAAGCCAGAUGCAUUCAAUCCAUGUGAAGAUAUCAUGGGAUACACCAUCCUCAGAGUCUUGAUAUGGUUUAUCAGCAUUCUGGCCAUCACUGGGAACACCACAGUGCUGGUGAUCCUGACUACAAGCCAGUAUAAACUAACUGUGCCCCGGUUCCUUAUGUGUAACCUUGCCUUCGCUGAUCUCUGCAUUGGAAUUUACUUGCUACUUAUAGCAUCAGUUGAUAUCCAUACCAAGAGCCAAUACCACAAUUACGCCAUUGACUGGCAAACAGGAGUGGGCUGUGGUGCUGCUGGGUUUUUCACCGUCUUCGCCAGUGAACUAUCAAUCUACACACUGACAGCCAUCACCCUGGAAAGAUGGCAUACCAUCACUCAUGCCAUGCAACUGGAAUGCAAGGUGCUGCUCCGCCAUGCUGCCAGCAUCAUGGUGCUGGGCUGGAUCUUUGCCUCUGCAGCUGCGCUCUUCCCCAUCUUUGGUGUCAGUAGCUACAUGAAGGUGAGCAUCUGCCUACCCAUGGAUAUUGACAGCCCUUUUUCGCAGCUAUAUAUUAUGGUCCUCCUUGUACUCAAUGUCCUGGCCUUUGUGGUCAUCUGUGCCUGCUACACCCACAUCUACCUCGCAGUGAGGAAUCCUAACAUCAUGUCUUCAUCAAGCGACACCAAGAUUGCCAAGCGCAUGGCCGUACUCAUCUUCACUGACUUUCUGUGCAUGGCCCCCAUUUCUUUCUUUGCCAUUUCUGCCUCACUCAAAGUGCCCCUCAUCACUGUGUCCAAGGCCAAGAUCCUCCUGGUUCUGUUCUACCCCAUCAAUUCGUGUGCCAAUCCUUUCCUCUACGCCAUCUUCACCAAGAGCUUCCGCAGGGAUUUCUUCAUCCUGAUGAGCAAGUUUGGCUGUUAUGAAAUGCAGGCCCAGAUUUAUAGGACAGAAACCUCAUCCACUGCCCACAACUUCCACGUAAGGAAGGGACACUGCUCCUCAGCACCCAAAGUCACCAACAGUUCCAGUCACAUGCUUGUCACUUUAAGUCAUUCAGCCCAGAAUUAA